AUGCGAGACCUGAUUUAUAAAUGGGGUCAGGCUAGUAUCAAUAAAGCCUAUGUUGCUUCUGUUGCUAGUGAUGAUGAGAAUAUGAAAGAUAAUUCAACGAGCAUGAUUAAAAAGUUAUCUCAUAGUGAUCAAAAUGGAAAAUCUGCUUUUAAACUGAAGGAAUUUGCCUCAAAUUCAUCUGUUCGUCAUGACUCAAGAUUUUCUUCUUCAACUCAUAUGAGCAAUACUGAGAAAAAAGUAAAGAAUGAUGACCAAUACAGCUGGUUGCAAGAAGUUCACGAUUUAGAUGGAAAUCCCGAAG